AUGAAAACUAAUGUCGCCUGUCAUACUGCACAGUUAAUACUUCAACAACGGCAACAGCAACAACAACAAAAUAUGCUGAAUAAACUGCAACAUACUACUGCCAAUUCAAAUUACCGUUAUGCCUUCGCUUUGCCUUCUUCAUCGAAUAUAAAUCAUGAUUCUAAAAACAAAUUGAUGGUUUGUCUACAUGGUGGUUCAUGUCAGGAUUCACCGAGUGGUCCUCAAUGUGUUUGUCCUGCUGGUUGGCAAGGUGCACGUUGUGAACAUGAUGUUGAUGAAUGUCGUGUAGUGAAAAGUGUUUAUGCAGGUCAGCUGCAUGAAUCAACAACCUCAUAUCCAUAUAUGAAAUGGUUAGAAAAUCGUGCCAGUCCUAAUGGUGGUUUAUGCAGUCCAUAUAGUCCUGGAAGAGGUGUAUGCUUUAAUACACCUGGUUCAUAUAAGUGUAACUGUUCUAUUGGCUUCUCUGGUCAACAUUGUCAGUCGAAGAAUCUAGUCCCAUUGAUUCCUGAUACCAAUCCUCUUGGUCUGAGUCAAUUCCAUAUAUACAUCAUUGUGGGCCUUCUAGCAUUUCUCUUCUUAACUGCCCUAGCUACAAUUGUAUUAUUGGCUUGUCGAGCUCGUGGAAUGUUUGGUGGAACAUUGGAUGGUAGUCGACGAUCUGUAAAAUCUCCAGGUUCCUAUUGGCCUAAUGGUAAUCAUCAACAAACAAAACCGACAAGUCGAUCUUCAGAUCCUCGUCUAAAUCGUCUGAAUUAUUCUGCUGGUGGAAGUUUAUCCGGUGUUCCGUUUAUAGCUGGUGCUAGUCCGGCGCAUCCAGGUGGUCAUGCUAGUCAUAUUGGUACACAUCCUAGAUAUAUGUUGUCUACUGGGCAUCGUCGUCCUUCGUUAGCUUCAUCAGCGUUUGGUUUUCCAGUCGCUAUGGAUGACAGUGCUACUGCCCUGUUGAAUAGUAACUCAGGACAUAUGCCGUUUUCUUCAGAGAGUGUUAAACUUGGCGGAAAUUGUAAUACAGGUGCGACAUUAGGUGAUUACAGUGAGCAUGAUGAUUCUGUUGCAACGUGCAAUUCUGGUGUAUUACUUUACCCCACAGCUGUUGGUGAUCAUCAAAUGCCAGUGAUGAUGAUGCUUUCACCCCUUCCUGGAACGCAUGGAUCAGUCGGUCCUGGUAGUCGGGCCAGUGUAAUUGCACGCUAUUCACCUGCCUCUUCAGUUAUUUUCUAUGGUCCAGGUGUACCGUCAGGUUCUGUAACACCUACUAAUCAAAUUCAUUCGCCGCAACCUGGUUUCACUGUUGACCCAUCUGGUUCUGGUUAUAUUCCACAACGUCAAUGCUUCACAGGCUCUCAGGUAGCUCUAUAUCCAACAGGACAUCCUGCUUUCUUACCUCAUCCUCAGUCUCAACAACACCAACACCACCACCAACAACAACAACUUAUUCAAAUGGUAAACAUGCGUCCAAAUUCUGUAGUAGGCUCUGAUCGUCUAUCUCUCGGUUCAGGUAGUGAUCGUUUCUCUGCGCAUAGCAGUCAGGUUCUAGUACAACCGAACAGUACCUGUGCUAUACCCUAUCCAUGUUGUCCUCAAUCUCAAGCUGUAACACCGCAGCUAUACUAUCAUCAGUCAUCUGCAGCAGCAGCUGCAGCAGCUCAACAUCAUCGAUCCUGGACUCCUAACAUGUCAAGUAAUGGACAUAUACAGCCUAAUUACCUCAUAAUGAAUCAAGCUCAUGAUGAUGCUAAUUUAGAAGAAGCAUGUAUGACACUGAGACCACAAAAUACCGAUCCUACCAAGACUAAUGAUACUAACAAAUCUCAGUCGAAUUGUGAUGACACGCCUGUAGUAUCAUCUGAUCAACCAGUUACUACGCACAAUAGCAAUAAUAACAGUGAGACAGUCAAACCUCGACCAGUUCCAGUUAAUCUUCAGCAUACAACUAGUGCUUUUGUGCUACAACAGAGACAACACCCGGUUAGACAACAAAAUAAUAAUCAUAUUUCUCCUGCUUUCAAUACUUUGCAUGCUAUGUAUCCGUGUUGUAUUUCAUCAAAUGCAUGUUGUAAACCAUCAGCACUGUCGCAUAAUAAUCAUAAUAAUAAUGUUUUUCCAAUGGUUAAUCCAUUUGCCCAUUCAUCAUCAAGAUAUGCGUUGAACAGCUUUCUUCAUCCCCGUGUACGUAAACCAACAACACCUGUUAUUCACAAUCCCUUUGCUGGAAUCCCAUCAUUCACAUAUUCUCAUCCAUCAGUUCAUUUAAACGCCAUGCCAAUCCCUGAGGAUGCCUUACUCCUGAAUAAAUCAAAUGUUGUUCAAAACUCAGAAUCGUUAUUUCAUCUACCAGACUCCUCCUGUCCUACACUACACGAUGAUAACUAUCCUCCAACUGAACUAUCAGCUUGUUAUUGGCCUUCAGCACAAAAUAUUUCCCUACCGAUAAGAGAUUCCCUCGGUGGAUUACACCAAUCAUCGUUUGCAGCCGCUACUUCAGGAUUAUUGAUGAAAAGACAAUCAAUGCUGGCUGCCAGCUCAUCAUCACGUGGAAUAAUGCAUCAUCGACCUCCGGUUGAUGAUGAUAAAGCAUUUCGUCGAACACUUCAAUCUCGUGAAAUUUUAAAGGCUGCUAGUGGUGGAACAGGCGGUCUACUACCGCCUCCUCCAGCAUCUCGACCGCAUUCAGCGCAUUUAUUAGGCUUAAAGAUUAUUACAACCGGUAAAUUGACCAAUGUUGCUGGUGGGGGGAAUACUUCAAAUCCGAAAUAUUCAGAUGAUGCUCAACCGAAUUGUAAAGUUCGAAACAGUGCUGUAGGCGAAACUAAUAAUGGCUGCUGUAUGAAUGUGACAUGGGCUAAUGACAACAAUUCAUCUCGCAAUCAUAAUAUACAGAAUAAUACUACUACUAUAAAGGAUGAAUCGAAUGUUGUUGUAGCGUCAUCAACUACUGGCAAGUCUAACACUACACAAAACACCACAAAUGCUACAAAUGGUAAUAGUAAUAAUGGUAAUAACAAUCAUAACAAUAAUGUUGUUAUUCAAAAUCGAAUAUCGAAUAAUAAAUUAGAUUGGUUUGGAAAUGACAAUUCAAAUUAUCAUCCACUUUUACAAAAUAAUAAUAAUAAUAAUACUUCCAAUUCAUAUGAAUUAAAUGGAAAUCAUAAAGACUGUCAGAAUGUUUCAUCAGAGACGACACCACAACAACAACAACACCACCACCAGUAG